AGGGGGAUGGCUCUGCACAUUCACGAAGCCUGCCUGUUUCUGCUGCUGAUCCCUCACAUGGUCACACCAGCUGCCUUCAACCAUGAAGACUACCCUGCGGAUGAAGGGGACCAGACGGCCAAUAACGAAAACAAUCUGAUCUUUGAUGACUACCGAGGGAAAGGUUGUGUGGACGACAGUGGUUUUGUAUACAAACUGGGAGAACGGUUUUUCCCAGGGCAUUCCAACUGCCCCUGUGUCUGUACUGAGGACGGGCCGGUCUGUGACCAGCCGGAAUGUCCCAAAAUCCACCCAAAGUGUACUAAAGUAGAACACAAUGGAUGCUGUCCAGAAUGCAAAGAAGUGAAGAAUUUUUGUGAAUAUCAAGAGAAAAGUUACAAGAUUUUGGAAGAAUUUAAGCCCUCUCCGUGCGAGUGGUGUCGCUGUGAGCCCAGCAAUGAAGUUCACUGUGUUGUGGCAGACUGUGCCGUGCCUGAAUGUGUCAACCCAGUCUAUGAACCAGAACAGUGUUGUCCAGUCUGCAAAAAUG